AUGAAGCACUUGCUCGCAUGGUAUUGCAUUCUUGCUUCCGCCCAUGCAGCAUCCGAGCAGAGAGGAGAGGAAGGCGAUAAAUGUCGCAAAACAUCGGUCGCGAUUCUCGGGGCCGGAGUAGCAGGCAUAACGGCUGCUCAGGCAUUGGCCAAUGCAUCAAUCGAGGACUUUGUCAUUAUCGAGAGAAAUGACUACAUCGGGGGUCGCAUGUUACACACGACUUUUGGAAAGAAGCCGGACGGAUCACCGUACACCGUGGAACUCGGCGCGAACUGGGUACAAGGACUUGGCUCGGAAGGUGGUCCAGAAAACCCCAUCUGGACGUUUGCCAAGAAGCACCAGGUCGAAAAUGCCUACUCAAACUACAGUUCCAUCCUGACCUUUGACGAAACUGGUGAAAACGACUUUUCCGGCCUACUCGACACUUUUGAGAACGCGUAUGCGUCUGCCGAACAAAAUGCCGGUUACAUCUUGAAAGACAAUCUGCAAGAUACCAGUGCACGAGCAGGGUUCAGUCUGGCAGGAUGGAAGCCCAAAAAGGACAUGAAAUACCAGGCCGUCGAAUGGUGGGAGUGGGAUUGGGAGACGUCUUAUACACCGGAAGAGAGCGGGUUCCUAUUCGGCAUCACGGGAUACAAUCUGACCUUUUACCAGUUUUCCGACGAAAACAACUUUGUUUUCGACCAAAGGGGAUUCAAUACCUGGCUUAUCGGCGAGGCUGGCGCUUUCUUAUCAGAUGGAGAUGCCAGGUUGUUGUUGUUGAAUACGACGGUCAAGGGAAUCUCAUACUCAAAUGAAGCAGUCAAGGUCCAAACCGCGGACGGAGAAUGCAUCGAAGCCGAGUAUGCUAUAUGUACAUUCUCUUUGGGAGUUCUUCAAAACGAGAUCGUCGAAUUCAACCCACCUUUUCCGCGCUGGAAGCAAGAAGCCAUCGAGCAGUUCCAGAUGGGCACGUACACCAAAAUUUUUCUGCAGUUCAAAGAAACAUUUUGGGACCCAGAUACCCAGUUCUUUUUGUAUGCCGAUUCUAUAAUUCGGGGAUACUACCCGGUAUGGCAAAGUCUAUCAGCACCUGGUUUCCUAGAAAACUCCAACAUCAUUUUCGCUACUGUGGUUGGAAAAGAGUCUUACCGCAUCGAGAAGCAAUCUGAUGAGGAGACCAAGGCAGAAGCCAUGGCUGUGUUGCGUACGAUGUUUCCAGAUCAGGACAUUCCAGAGCCCAUCGAUUUCUUGUAUCCAAGAUGGAGCCAGAAAGAAUGGUCAUAUGGUUCAUAUAGCAACUGGCCCGUUGGCAUGACUCUGGAAAAGCACCAAAACAUACGUGCAAACCUUGAUCGCCUGUGGUUUGCCGGUGAAGCAAAUUCAGCAGAAUACUUUGGCUUUCUACACGGAGCAUGGUUUGAAGCUCGUGAGGUUGGAGAGCGAAUUGCUGGAUUGCUUGGUGGAGACGACAAUUGUACAGAAGCAGGCGACUCCAGGUCAAUGGCAAGAUACGAGGUUCUUCGCGGAACCACGCAGCUCGAUGAGUAUAAUGCUGCUAAUGGAUGGUCAUCGAGCAGCUUUUUGACGUUCGGUUUCGAGUAA